AUGGGUCACUUCAGGGUGCUCUUCCUCGGUGUGGCUGCGGGGGUCUACUUUCAGCCGCAAUAUGCCAUAUACAACUCAAGGAUUGCGACUGUCGCCAUCUUGUUCUUGAUCGUCAGCAUAUCUAAGCUGAUAUAUCAAUUAAUUCUUUACCCUGCGCUUUUCACGCCGAUCAAACAUAUUCCAACUCCAGGAAAACGGCAUUGGCUUAUUGGAAAUUCCACUUCGUUUUUCCUCGAGACCCCAUAUGAAGGGUUACGAGAAUGGGUCCGCACCAUUCCCAAUGAGGGUCUCCUCCGGUACUACAUUGUCGGGAACCUUGAGCGUGUCAUUUUGACCAGCCCCAAGGCCUUAAGUGAAUUAUUGGUAACCAAGGUGUAUGACUUUGAGAAGCCAUUGAUGGUUCGACAGAGCCUGCGCCGUGUGGUUGGCGAUGGUAUACUGCUUGCCGAGGGCGACGAGCACAAGCUUCAACGCAAGAAUCUCAUGCCUGCAUUUUCCUAUCGCCAUAUCAAGGACCUGUAUCCUGUCUUCUGGGCCAAGAGCGCGGAGAUGGUGAAGCUGAUCCAGCAGGAUAUCGAGAACAGAGAUGCCACUGAAGAUAACACAAUCCAGGUCCGCAACUGGGCCAGUCGGGCCACACUUGAUAUCAUCGGAGUGGCUGGUAUGGACCAUGAUUUCGAUUCCUUGCGUGACCCGGGCAACACUCUGAAUAAAUCAUACCAACGCAUCUUCGUGGCCCCGAAUCUGGUAACCAAAAUCCUAAUCGUCACUGCAAUGAUGCUAGGUAACAUGGAUAUGGUCGCGAAGCUUCCCACGCGGCGCAACAAAGAUAUCACCGAGGGUGGCGCAGUUGUUCGUGACGUUGCCCGCCAGAUGAUCCGACAGAAGAAGGCCAAGAUGGAAGAUCCCAACGCCACGACCGGCUUCGACAUCAUCUCAGUCGCCAUGAAAAGCGGCACCUUUGACGAAGAGAACCUGGUCGACCAAUUGAUGACCUUCCUGGGCGCCGGUCAUGAAACAACCGCCACGGCGAUGCAGUGGGCUGUUUACGCACUCUGCAAGAACCCCGAAGUCCAGACUCGUCUGCGCGAAGAAAUUCGCGCCAACCUCCCAUCUAUCUCCGCCGAAAAUCCCACUAUCGAUGCUACGGCGAUCGACAACCUCCCCUACCUGCACGCCGUCUGUAACGAAAUUCUUCGCUUCCACCCAUCCGUCCCCAACACUGUCCGCAUAGCUGUCAAGGAUACAACACUUGUCGGCAAGGCCGUCCCCAAGGGUACAUUCCUCCUCAUCUCACCCGAGAUCCUCAACCACAUGGAGGAACUGUGGGGGCCUGACGCGGACAAAUUCAACCCGGAUCGAUUCAUGGGCCCGGGCAAGGCCAACACUGGCGGUGCAACCAGCAACUACGCCUUCCUGACAUUCCUCCACGGCCCACGCAGCUGUAUUGGUCAGGGAUUCGCAAAGUCAGAACUUGCUUGUCUUCUCGCUGCGACAGUUGGUCGCUUCCACAUGGAGUUAAAGUAUCCUGAUAAAAAGUUGGAGAUUCGUGAGGGCGCGACUGUUUCGCCGAAGGAUGGUGUUUUGGCUAAAUUUACACCGUUGGAGGGAUGGUAG